UUCGCAUCCACCGCGGAGUUCGCACGUAGCCGCCUCUAAUACAUACUCCCGUUCGAUUAUGCUACGAUCGCCCCGCAGUAAUAGCUGAGCUGCGGUUGGGACCCGUUAAAAUUAUGACUUUUGGACCGAUCGCCGGCGAAGAAGAAAGCAGUAGAUAUCUCGUUCUAGAAGAGAAAGCUCUGAGGAUAGUGUCCAGGUAUUGGGAGAUCUCCGGUACUUCGGUUGCCGAUAGGCUUCGGUACGGGAAGAAUCACAAACUCCUAGCGCUAUUCGGACUGCAAUAAACAUUGACAAAUAAAAACUUUCAAACAAACUUUUUUGAACAAAAAUAUAGUAUAUAGUGAAUAAAUUUUUAUUAAGUGCAAUACGUGAACGGUGUUUGUGUUUUUAGUUACUUGGUUUAUAUUAUUUUUUUUUUAUAUUUUUUUUUAACACUGGAUAAAUGAAAAUGGUGCCCCAACAAGUUUCGGAUGUGCGUUCGCUUUCGCCGACCUCGAGCGGAGUACCAGUGUUCGGUUCCCAGUUGGUCGACAAAAAUUCAUCUACCCCUUACACUGAUGCCACUCAGACCAAGAAGAACAAUCCAAACCACAUAAAAAGGCCUAUGAACGCGUUUAUGGUCUGGUCUCAGAUCGAACGCAGGAAAAUAUGCGAACAGACACCUGAUAUGCACAACGCGGAAAUCUCAAAGAACUUGGGACGCGUUUGGAAAACAUUGAACGAUGAAGAGCGACAGCCCUUUAUUGAUGAAGCAGAGAGGUUGCGGCAGCUACAUAUGCGAGAGUACCCUGACUACAAAUACAGACCUCGCAAGAAAACAGCAAAGCCAGCCCAGCGCUCCGGAGCUAUCACCAAACAGAAACGCAAGCAGAGGGCUGACUCAAAUAACAACAGAGGAGUUUCAAGACGACGAACGCGACUCGUUUCAAACAUACCUAGCGUUCCAAGUGUUCCAAUGGAAAUACCAUUACCUCAGCCGUUGCCGGCAUCACCAGCUGGCUCACCCGAUUCUCCAGAAUCCGCCUGCAUCUACGAGGACAGCAGUCGUCGAGAUCCGUCCGAUCUCUCCGAUCUGUACUCCAUCACGGACUUGCUUCCGCUUCCAACGGACUGCGAAGUCGAUCUUGAAGCAUUGACCGACAUCGAGUCCUUUGAAACGGCGUCGUCAUCGUCAGGAUCACACUUUGAGUUCUCUUGCACGCCAGACGUAUCCGAAAUGCUGAGCGACAUCGGUGUAGCGAGCGACUGGGACGACAACACGUUCUCGUCGUUCCUGACGCCGUCGUAGGCCGGUGCCGGCCGCUAGGGCCGCCGCCGGCCGUUUCCACUGAUCUCAUGCGGUCGGCCAAAGAGCCGCCAACCGGAGGCCGACGACGCGGCGACCGCUCGCCGCCCGCCUAGAGAGUGCCUACAUCCAAAAUGACGUGUCGAUUUUUGGAUUCAAUGUACAAAGUUAUUUAAUAAGGAUCGAGGGUGAAAAUUUUAAUUUUAAUGUCAAUCGACCGGUCGGUCGAAUUCUCCUUCAGUUCUAUUAAUUUCUUGAUUAGUUUCGUAGAUCGAAUUCCGUUGUAAUAGGCGACGCUUCAACGUCACACUCGGAAACGCAUCGGGUUUAACAUAGGCUGUGAGUUGGUUCUCGUUUUAUCGUGUUGCUUUUGUUUGAUUUACUUAUUACAGUAUGGGUGAUUUCCAAACGGCACGUCUCAGACGCAUUUCAGUAAAUAAUCCGUCUACACUCCGUCGCCUGAUUAGUAAGCCACGGGUCAGUCAGAGGCUCCUGUAGGCGUUGUACGACUUCUCUCGGACCGAUUUUUUUAAAGUGAGCCUUAAGCUCGUAUGUAUGGCCCGAGCGUUUUAGUACAACGCAUCCUGGGGCUCCCGCUCGCUGCAUCGCACCGCGUUGUCGCGUCCGUAUUCUCUAAUUGUACAUUACUCGACUUGGCUUCUAGUACAUUUAAAAUAGUAAGUUCGCAAUUUCUAUGUCAAACCUUUUUUACUUUAUUAACAUUUGUAAUUUAAGAAUCACUUACAUUUUAUUUUCAAAUGGCUUAGAUUGGAAUAGAAAAAUAAGAUUAGGUUAUAUAGUCAUUUUUGUCUUGCGUUUAAAUGUGUACGUAAGUCCACUUUAUACUUUGGUGCACGUGUAGAUUUAUAUGUCCACGAUUUAAUUUUAUUGUUGGAAGCUAAUCGGUAUGUCAUUUCAAGAAUUUCGGAGUGCGGAAUUUUCGAGUAGGUUCGUCACGAUUGGAUUGUGGGCCCCUAUUCUGUGAACUACCAAAGUUUGAGAGAAAGUCACGCGUGUAACCUCAUGUCAUUUCUGAAUUCUUCGCAUGCGUGACUUUUUCAUGUUUCAGAUUAAUAUUUAUUAGUCACGGUAGGGGUUCAUCGUUAUGAUUCGAUGUAUCGAGUUGAUAUAAUAUACGUUAGCAUGUGUAGGUAAGGUUAAUCUCUUCAAUGGUAAGGUACGAAAUUAUCUGUAUAGUAAUGAUGGCACUUGGAUCGUUGUGAUGGGACACUGUUACUUCUUACUUUAUUUACGCCUUCACGCUAACAUUUUCAAUACAAAUGGUCUACAGAAGAUACAUAUCAAUAAUGGGAAAGUACAGUUUUGCGGGACGGUGGGAAAUAUAUUUGGAUCGGCAUGCAGAAGUUCGGUUUCACUUAAAUGUUUUGCUAUUCAAACUCUGUGAUUUUUACUUUAUGGAUUUUCUAAAUUAUAAGAUUCUAGUGGAGACUGAUAUCGCGUAUGUAGAUUAGUUUUAGCAACGCUAGCUUCUCUCUAUCUUUUAAUUUUUAUAACUGUGCAUACUUACCAUUAUAUUGUGGAAAUCAAUACGUAUUUUUGAUACUUUGUGUUACUGUGGAAAACGAAUGUUUCACAAGCAACAGUAGAUUCAAUUGUAACGAUAUAAGAUUCAAAAUUAUCUAUUGCAGAUUCAAUUACUUCCACAGUAACGCAUAAGUUUAACAUGUUGUUAAAAAAUACUAAAGAAUCUGUCAAUUCAGUGAAAAUGUGUCAGUUAGGGGU